AUGCCCACCGCACCAGAAACCUACUUCCUCCCCCCCACGCCCCACGUCCCCAACUCCCGUCUCCCCGCCCUAGUCUACCGCUCCGUCCUCACUGCACCCCUCUCCGCCACCUCCACCAUCGCCUCGGUUGAACCGAACCACUGGCUGAAAGGCGGGGUGUUCAAGGCUGUGCGAACACAUCAUUUUCAUUCCGUAACGCAUGAAUGUUAUGCUGUGUUUAGGGGGGAGAGUAGUUUGCUCUUGGGGAGAGGACCGGGGGAUGAUGUGGAGAUGGAGAGGGGCGAAAGGAGCGGGGAGGGGGCGGAGGGGUGGAUGACGAGGCGGGUGGUGGUGAGUCUGAGGGAGGGGGAUGUUAUUGUUCUGCCAGCUGGCCUAUCUCACUGCUCCCUUGACCCCGCCGACGGUUACGAGUACGUUGGUUUCUAUCCCGAGGGGAGCCUGAAAUGGGACAACAAUUGGUGCAAAGCCGACGUCACCGAAACGGCGGAGAAGGCAAAAGUCGCGAAGUCGGUGGCGAUACCGGAGUUUGACCCGAUAUACGGGCGGGAGGGGCCGCUGGUGGAGAUUUGGAGAAAGGCGGAUGAUUUGGCGGGUUAG